GUUAAAUUUGGUUGCCGUGUAAUACUCCUACAAGUCCUUCUCCUGCUUACAAGUUACAACAUUAAAUUCCGAGUUAGGUACCAUUCUUACGACACCUUCUUCACUCUCUCUCCUCCACCAACCUCACUCUCUCUUUCUCUCUCUACUUCGCCGGAAAAAAUGGCGGCGAAAUCCUUCAUCGAUGUCUCACCGGAAUCCGACUUCCCUAUCCAGAACCUUCCUUACGGUGUUUUCAAGCCCGAACCCGCUUCACCUCCUCGACCCGGCGUUGCCAUCGGCGACUUCGUCCUUGACCUCUCUGAAAUCUCUUCCGCCGGUUUAUUCUCCGGUCCACUUCUCAAUGGUUCCGACUGCUUCAAUCAGCCUACACUCAAUAAAUUUAUGGCAAUGGGACGACCUGCGUGGAAGGAGGCACGUGCAACCAUUCAGAAGCUACUAUCAGAAAGUGAGCCAACAUUGCGUGACAAUGCAAGUUUGAGGCAGGAAGCACUUAUUCCUAUGAGCAAGGUGGAGAUGCUUGUACCUAUGACCAUUGGAGAUUACACUGACUUCUUCUCAUCCAAGCAUCAUGCAAAGAAUUGUGGGCUCAUAUUCCGUGGCCCAGAGAAUGCCAUUAAUUUGAACUGGUACUAUAUUCCUAUUGCUUAUCAUGGGCGUGCAUCUUCUGUUGUCAUCUCCGGAACUGAUAUAGUGAGACCAAGAGGGCAGGGACCUCCAACUCCUAACUCGCCAUCUCCUUACUUUGGGCCCUCACGGAAGUUGGAUUUUGAGCUAGAAAUGGCUGCAGUAGUUGGUCCAGGAAACGAAUUGGGGAAGCCUAUUGACGUUAAUAAUGCUUCUGAUCAUAUCUUUGGGCUUGUUCUGAUGAAUGACUGGAGUGCUAGAGAUAUUCAAGGUUGGGAAUAUGUACCUCUUGGACCUUUCCUGGGGAAGAGUUUUGGUACAACUAUUUCUCCAUGGAUUGUGACCCUAGAUGCUCUUGAACCUUUUGCAUGUGGUGUCCCAGAACAGGACCCUCCCCCAUUGCCAUAUUUGGCUGAGAAGACAUCGAAAAACUAUGAUAUACAAUUGGAGGUUCAACUCAAACCUGCUGGACAGGAGCCUUGUGUAGUAGCAAAGAGUAAUUUUAACCAUUUGUACUGGACAGUGACGCAGCAGCUUGCUCAUCAUACAAUUAAUGGUUGCAAUCUAAGGCCUGGUGAUCUCCUUGGGACUGGUACAAUCAGUGGUCCUGAACCUGAUUCUGUUGGGUGUUUGUUGGAGAAAACAUGGAAUGGACAAAAGCCACUCUCUUUGAAUGGAACAUCUAGGACAUUCCUAGAAGAUGGAGAUGAGGUCAUUAUCACUGGGGUUUGCAAGGGGAAUGGUUACAACGUUGGAUUUGGAACAUGCUCUGGGAAGAUUUUGCCAUCUAUCUAACGAAUCAUGCUGUAUUUACUAUUUAGUACUAGUGACUAUAUUACCGAAAAUAAAAAUGUCCUUUUUGUUCAGAAUUUCAGCACUGUGUUUACAACUGAUCAACAUUCUUUCUAUCAGUAAUCAGGCUAUUAGCAUGUCACAAUCUGUAUGUACUCUUAUACAUAUGUGUAUUUGUAUUUAGUAAUAUCAAUUAUUCAUUC